AUGACACGCAGGAUCGUAUACGCCGUGGGCCUCGUGCUCACACUGGCUUGCGCUGCCAUGACAGUCGCCAGUAUCGCCAUGCCGCGCUGGGUCUCUUACAGCCCGAACGGCGAAAGAGAAUACUCAUACGGCCUGCACUCGCGCUGCUCCACCAAGACGGGCCACUGCGUCCCCUUUCCUCGUACCUCGGACUGCGAUAAAGACGCCUCGUUCUGCAACUUGUGGCGAACGGUGGGCUUCCUGAUGAGCUUUGGCGUUGUCGUCGAACUGUGCACCUUGGUCAGCUUCGUCGUCAUCAUGUCUGGAGGUGUGCAGCGCAGAGUCCAGGGCUGGGGCGUCGUCGUCGGUGUGUUGCUGUUCAGCGCAUUCAUUCAGUCCGCCGGCAUGGCUGUUGUCUCUUAUGUCUUCGACAACGACGCCCGCUUCUUCUCCGGCUUCCAUCUCGAUUCCUCGUGGUCCAUGUGCACAGCCUCUUGGACCUUGCUCGUUGCUACAGCGCUGGCCAUUACAGCAUCGGCUUUCUACCUACCUGCUGAGGGCGACUACGACUUCAUUCCCGAUUUCGACAUUGAGCCCGAUGACCAGCUCCUCUCCCGCGUCACUGCCUGGGACAACGGCUACAAAGGCAUCGGCUUCCAGUACACCAACGAUCCCCCCGAACGAGAUCCAGACAUGAUGAGCAUUGCUUCUUUCCAGAGCAGACAGAGCAUAUCCAAUUCUGUACGGUCACCCUCCAUGUCGCGCCGGUAG